ACAGGACCCAAGUGCCAAACUCAUGGAAAAGAAAGGCUCAUUUAGGGAUGAUAGAGUGUCACAACACCCUUUUCUUUUUCUCUUGAUUCUGGGCCUGGGCCUGAUUUUUAUGGACCCAUUUCAUCUGGGCCCGUUGGGCAGCCAAAACUACAGGCCUGUUAGGCAUGACAUCGCGCCAUACAGGCUAGUCAUGGAACACUGGCCUAGGGAUAACCAGAGCCGGUUGAAAGAAGGGAAGUUGGAAUUUGUAGGUGAGGUCUACGGGCCAGAGUCGUUGGAGUUCGAUCUUGAGGGGAGGGGGCCUUACACAGGGUUGGCCGAUGGGCGCAUUGUGAGAUGGAUGGGCGACGAGGAUGGAUGGGAGACGUUCGCUCUUGUGACACCUACCUGGUCAAAGAGACCUUGUUCCAAUGGCAUUAAUUCAACCACCUCCAAGCAAUCCAAACACGAGCAGCAUUGUGGCCGCCCUCUCGGCCUAAGGUUCGAUAGGAGGACUGGAGAUCUCUACAUAGCCGACGCUUACUACGGCCUCUUGGUCAUCAGGCCAAAUGGAGGGAUCGCCAGUCAACUGGCAACGCAUGCAGGAGGAAAGCCGAUCCUCUUCGCAAAUGACUUGGACGUCCAUAGUAAUGGCUCCAUUUUUUUCACAGACACUAGCAUGAGAUACAACAGAUUGAAUCACUUCUUUAUACUGUUGGAAGGAGAAGCCACUGGAAGGCUGCUUAGAUAUGAUCCAUUUUCCAAAACUACUCAUGUUGUUCUACAUGGUUUGGCUUUUCCAAAUGGAGUACAGAUUUCCAAGGAUCAAACCUUUCUCCUAUUCACAGAGACCACUAACUGUAGGGUAAUGAGAUAUUGGCUAGAGGGCCCUAGGAGUGGAGAAGUGGAGAUUUUUGCAAACCUGCCAGGGUUUCCAGAUAACAUACGAUUGAACGACAAGGGUCAGUUUUGGGUAGCGAUUGACUGCUGUCGGACCCCGGUUCAAGAGGUCAUGUCCCACAAUCCAUGGCUAAGAAGCAUCUACUUCAGACUUCCCCUAAAGCUGAAUUACUUGGCAAGGAUGAUGGCAAUGAAGAUGUACACAGUCAUCUCGCUCUUCAAUGAAAAAGGAGAGAUUCUAGAGGUCCUUGAAGAUCGAAGAGGUGAAGUGAUGAAACUAGUGAGUGAAGUUAAAGAGGUAGAUGGUAAGCUAUGGAUUGGCACAGUAGCUCAUAACCACAUUGCCACUCUCCCUUACCCUUAGGAUUGCAAUCCAUGCAACCCAUGUGUUCUCCGAGUGAUCUUUGGAGUAAUUCUAGGAAUUUGAUGGUGCAUCUUGGUAUUUAAUCUGUGUAACUUUUGUGACGUGUUCUAUGACCUAGCCUUUGUAGCUGAUGGAUUUGAUGAUGCAACUUGGUAUUUUA